AUAGAACGAAUGCUCUCUAAGACCCAAAACAAAAAAACCCCAUCAGCAGUGUAAAAGGAAGCAAGAGGAGCAAACACCCAUUUUGGAAAAAGACCAGUGACAACGAACAGGUGGAGCGGGCGACACGUCCCAUCAGUCAUGGCCACCAAGCUGAUCAUGCCCGCCCCAAUAUGUCUAAUCGAGAACUCCAGUAGUGGCCAGCUGGUGGUGAAUCCGAAGGCCUUGGACAUCCUGUCCGGCAUUUCCCAGCCGGUGGUGGUGGUGGCCAUCGUGGGCCUGUAUCGCACUGGGAAAUCCUAUCUGAUGAACAAACUGGCCGGGCAGAAGAAGGGCUUCUCUCUGGGCUCCACGGUGCAGUCUCACACCAAGGGAAUCUGGAUGUGGUGUGUUCCUCAUCCCACAAGGAAAGACCUCACUCUGGUUCUGCUGGACACCGAGGGGCUGGGAGAUGUGGAGAAGGAGGAUCCCAAGAAUGACACCUGGAUCUUUGCCUUGGCCGUUCUGCUGAGCAGCACAUUCGUAUACAACAGCAUGGGCACUAUCAGUCAGCCGGCCAUGGACCAGCUCCACUACGUGUCAGAGCUGACAGAACACAUCAGGACCAGAGCUGAGCCCAGUCUCGAUGGGGUAGACGGCUCAGUGGAAUUCGUGAGCUUCUUCCCAGACUUUGUGUGGACUGUGCGCGAUUUCAUCUUGGAGCUGAAACUGAACGGUCACCCCAUCACUGAAGACCAGUACCUGGAGAACGCCCUUAAACUAAAGAAAGGGACCGACGAGAAAACCAAACUGUUUAAUCUUCCCCGGAGGUGUAUCCAGCAAUUCUUUCCGACCAAGAAGUGCUUUGUCUUUCCCCAACCGGCAACUGGGAAAAAUCUCCUUAAGCUUGAGGAGCUCCGGGAAAAUGACCUGGAAUCUGAGUUUGUGGAACAGGCAGAACGCUUCUGCUCCUACAUCUUCCAACAUGCCGAGGCCAAGACGAUUCAGGGGGGCAUAGUAAUCAACGGCACUCGGCUGGAAAGCCUAGUGAUGACGUACGUCGAGACCAUCUCCAGUGGCGAGGUGCCCUGCAUGGAGAACGCGGUGUUGGCCCUGGCAGAGAUCGAGAACUCGGCCGCCGUUCAGAAGGCCAUAGCCUGCUACGAGGAGCUGAUGGGUCAAGUGAAGUUACCCACAAACACACUGCAGGAGCUGCUGGACUCGCACGAGGCCAACGAAAGGAAAGCCAUCCAGCUCUUCAUGCAGCAUUCCUUCAAAGAUGAAGGUCACAAAUUCCAGAAGGAGCUAGGGACCCAUCUGUUAGGAAGACGGGAUGACUUCGUGAAGCAGAAUGAAAAAGAGUCAACCAAACGCUGCGAGACUUUGCUUCAGAAUAUUUUCAAGCCUCUGGAGGAGGAAAUAAAGAAUGGAUCCUUCAUCAAACCGGGAGGAUAUAACCUCUUUCUUCAGAAGAAACAAAAACUAAAGCAGCAAUAUGAGCGGGAGUCAAGAAAGGAACUACUGGCUGAGGAGACUCUUCUAAAGUAUCUGCAAUCCACGGAAGAUACGGCAAACGCAAUAUUACAGAUGGAUCAGUCACUCUCAGAAAAGGAAAAGAUGAUCAAAGCGGAGAAGACCAAAGCUGAGGCCGCAGAGCAGUCAGUCAAGCGGUUACAGGAAAUGCAAGCGAGGAGUCAGCAACUGCUGGAUCAGAAGGAGAGAAGUCACCAGGAGCAUAUGACACAACUGACCCAGAAGUUGGAAAGGGAGAGGGAGCAGAUUCUGGCACAGCAAGAGAAGGCCUUAAAUUUAAAAUUAGAGGAGCAGGCGAGAUUAAUGCGGGAUGGGUUCCAAAAUGAAAGCCAGCGACUACAGGAACAGAUUCAGCACCUCCGGAUGCAGACCCAGAACAACAGUCGACCCAGAUCAACUUGCAUCAUCAUCUGAAGAUCUUUGAUCAAUAGUACUCUCAUGCGCGCGUCACUCUCUGUCAUUGUCUGAAGGUGUUUUAUCGAUAGUACUCUUACAUCUGUCGCGAGCCCUCGGUAAUAAUAAUAAUAAU